ACAGUUCACCGCUGAAUCUCGAUAACCACUUUUAGUUAUGAAUUCUCACCAUUUCAUGAUGCGAGGCGUUUCUGUGUUGGCUCUGGUGUGCAUGGUGUCCGCUGCGAAGCUGCCAGGAUACAGUGCCGGAGGCGACUCUGGCUUGGGCGUCGAUCUCGGCGGCGUAGGAGGCCACGCCGGCGGCGCAGGAGGAGCAGGAAGCGUUUUCCAGGCCGUUUUCGUCGGCAGCGGAAACCUUCCUGCUACUGCUUUUGGAGGCGCUGCUGGAGGUUUCUCCGGAGGCGCUGCUGGAGGUUUCUCCGGAGGCGCUGCUGGAGGCUUUGGCGGCGGCGCUGUUGGACAGGAGUACUCUGGGCCAAGCACAGGCCCCGUUGCCCCUGUUGUUACCGUUGAAGAGGAAUACACCGGCCCCGUUGCCGCCGUGUCUCCUGUUGUUACCGUAGAAGAGGAAUAUGCCGGACCAAGCACUGGUCCUGUUGCGCCUGUUGUCACCGUUGAAGAGGAAUACAGUGGUCCAAUUAUUGACGUUGCCCCGGUUGCCCCCGUGGCUCCCGUUGCACCCGUUCCAGUCGUUGAAGAGGAGUACUCUGGGCCCAGCGAAGUAGCCCACGUCAGCCCCCCUGUUAGCGAAUACAGCUCACCAAACCACUAAAGCUUUAUGCAGUUGGAGCUACCGUGAUGUUGCUGCAUCGAGGGCAUCCACUUAUCGCAAUGAAGCGCACUCCAAAAUGUUUGUAAAAUAAAAUGUUUUUAUAUA